UGAAGUGUAGGACCUGUCUGAAGAAAAGAAUGAAAUUUGUGGCUUGGUUUGCAAGGUGGAGUCAUCUAAACUCUUGGAGGAGAAAGGGGGCUGUGUUUUCUGUGACUUGGACAUUUAAAGUGACACUGCUGAAGUCCUUCCUCCUGAAGUCUGACUUUGUGCCGAGCUGGUGAUGCGCAGAGAGGGAGCGAGGAAUAAAUAGAUGCUGCUGCCCCAGAAGGCUUAGACGUCGGGGAAGAACAGCCAGAGAGGCAGGGGCGGCGGCGGCCGGAGGUCGGCGGAGCUCGUGGGACCCCAUUGGGGGAAUUUGAUCCAAGGAAAGAAACUGAGAUCGUCGGGGGAGGAGAAGCUCCCAGAUCAUUGUGUCCACUUCCAGGGGGGAAGAGGGGACCGCGAAGCGGGCCUGUCGGCGUCCUCGGCACUGCUGAACCCUGCCCCGUCCUGCCGGGAUCAUGGUCUGCGGCGGUCCAGGAGGGAUGCUGCUGCUGCGGGCCGGGCUGCUCGCCCUGGCUGCGCUCUGUCUGCUCUGGGUGCCCGGAGCACGAGCUGCAGCCUGCGAGCCCGUGCGCAUCCCCCUGUGCAAGUCCCUGCCCUGGAACAUGACCAAGAUGCCCAACCACCUGCACCACAGCACCCAGGCUAACGCCAUCCUGGCCAUUGAGCAGUUCGAAGGUCUGCUGGGCACCCAGUGCAGCCCGGAUCUGCUCUUCUUCCUCUGUGCCAUGUAUGCGCCCAUCUGCACCAUUGACUUCCAGCACGAGCCCAUCAAGCCCUGCAAGUCUGUGUGCGAGCGGGCCCGGCAGGGCUGCGAGCCCAUCCUCAUCAAGUACCGCCACUCGUGGCCCGAGAGUCUGGCCUGCGAGGAGCUGCCUGUUUAUGACCGUGGCGUGUGCAUCUCUCCCGAGGCCAUCGUUACCGCGGACGGAGCGGAUUUUCCUAUGGAUUCUAGUAAUGGAAACUGUAGAGGGGCCAGUGAACGCUGCAAGUGUAAGCCUAUUAGAGCUACACAGAAGACCUAUUUCCGAAACAAUUACAACUAUGUCAUUCGGGCUAAAGUUAAAGAAGUAAAGACCAAGUGCCAUGAUGUGACUGUAGUAGUUGAGGUGAAGGAGAUUCUAAAAGCUUCUCUGGUAAACAUUCCAAGGGAAAACGUUAACCUUUACACCAGCUCUGGCUGCCUGUGUCCUCCACUUAAUGUUAAUGAGGAGUAUAUCAUCAUGGGCUAUGAAGAUGAGGAACGCUCCAGGUUACUGUUGGUGGAAGGUUCUAUUGCUGAGAAAUGGAAGGAUCGACUUGGUAAAAAAGUUAAGCGCUGGGAUAUGAAGCUCCGCCAUCUUGGACUCAAUAAAAGCGAUUCAAGCCAUAGUGAUUCCACUCAGAGUCAGAAGUCUGGCAAGAGCUCCAAUCCCCGGCAAGCACGCAACUAAAUCUUGAAAUGCAGAAAGAACACCAGUGGACUUCCUAUUAAGACUUGCAUUGCUGGACUAGCAAAGGAAAAUUGCACUAUUGCACGUCAUAUUCUAUUUUUUACCACAACAAUCAUGUGGUAACUGAUAUUACUUCUAUUUUCUCUUUCAUUUUCUGUUUUUCUCUUCCCUCUUUCUUUUUUCUUUAUUGUGUUCUGAGUGCAGCUCCUUAAAUAUAUGUAUUCUGUUUCACUAAUCCUGGGAAAACUAUUCUCUGCAAUAAUAAUAAAUUAAACAUGUUGAUACCAGG